UUUGAGCGUCUGUCGGGUAAGCGCUUGACAGUGUCAAGAACAGGCCCGAGUUCGUAAACAAAACAUACGAAGAAGAUACAGAAAACAAGACUCAAGUUUCGUAUUAUUGGAGCAUGUUGGAAAAUGUAACAUUGUCCUGAAAGAGUCUAAGAGUGCUUCGCGCAGAAAGACGGCAGCAAAGAGAGGGCGUGCACCUGUCGAGGCUACGCAGGUUAGCUAGCGUGUGCUAACUCUCCGUCAUGUCGUCGUCGUCGUCCUCCAGGCGUCAGUGGUGCUACCUGUGCGACCUGCCCAAGAUGCCGUGGACCGUGGUGUGGGACUUCAGCGAGGUGGUGUGCCGCGGCUGCGUCAACUACGAGGGUGCCAAUCAGAUCGAGUUCCUGAUCGCCAGCGCCCGACAGCUGAAACGGACGCACGGUAUGCAGGACGGUAACGUCCGGUCCCCGGGUCUGUCCCCUGGUAAGCACGGCUCGUCUGGCCGUGCAGAGGCUACUGCCGACGGUGGGAGGCCGCAUUCCGAGCGCUUCGACCGUGCUGGAAGAGGAGACAGUACCGGCUCCGCUGCUCGCGUGCCGCCCAACGGGCUGCACCGGGACGGUCAGCAGCCCCCGGAGGGGAACCGCCACAGUCCGAGCGGCAGCCGCAGGCCCAUGAGUGCCGCCAUCCCGCCCAAUCUGGUGACCCAGAGCAUCGCGGGGAUUCCACACGGUCUGCUAGCCGGCGUGCCGACGGGUCUAACGGCCCGGACCUCCCCCAUGAUCUUCCCGGCUCCGGUGCUGGCAGAGAUGAGCCGCAGACAGCUGGGAAUCGGCAUGGGGAUUGCCCCCUUCAUCACUCCAGAGCUCGAACGCGAGCUGAGUUUGUCUCAGAACCAGUCCAAGACACAGACACAGGCUGCGGCUGGCAGCAGCUCCAGCAAAACCACGGGCCUCCCUCCCACCUCCUCCUCCAUGGCAGGAGGUGUAAGCCAAACCAGCCCCAAACCUGCUUCGUCUCCAGCUCGGCAGUCACGUCCCCUGGCCGCCAGGUCCGGAGGUGAACCUCUGGGGUCCAGCACCUCGGCAGAAGCAGCGACAGCAGCUGCGGCGUUACCUCACAGCGGUGCUUCUGAGCUGGGGUCAGCCUCUGCUGGGAGCACCCUGUCCUCCGGAAUCACUCUGUCCUGCACCCUGUGCCACGAGAGGCUGGAAGACACACACUUUGUUCAGUGUCCUUCGGUGCCAGGCCACAGGUUUUGUUUUCCAUGCACCAGAGUCUACAUACAGAGCCGGAGGGGUGACGGGGAGGUUUACUGCCCCAGUGGAGAGCGGUGUCCAUUGGACAACUCUCCCAACAGUCCCCCCUGGGCUUUCAUGCAGGGCGAGGUCUCCACCAUACUGGGUACUGCUGGACCUGCAGCGGCUGCUGUGUCUGGAGCCGGAACUGGACCUGGGCCUGGGCCUGGAACAGGAGCUGCCAGCGGAGGCGGUGCUGCAAGUGGCGAUGUCACUGUCAAGAAAGAGAGAGAGACGUGAUGGUGAUUCGUCUGGAAACCAGGAACUCAAAUGUGUCCUGUCACCUGAAGAAAACCUGUCCACAGGCAGACGGCUCACAGAAUAAGACAACAAACAACCCAGCUAACCUCAGUUCAGAGAAGCACCCAAACACAGGUCCAGUGCUCUCAGCAUUCUCGCACCCCAGGACGAGGACCACCUACACACCUUUGCUUUGUUACUUUUGUAAAUUAAGGAGUUUUUUCUUUUUUUUUUUUUUAUUUGUUUGUAUGGUUCUGUUGUCACUGCGCACACGACAAUCUGACAAAAUUUCCUACACCGUUCUGUGUUUGGAGAGCUGAUACUCAGCAGUGUGAGUGAACGUCUGCCUGCACCGCAGCACAGAGCACCGCACCACCACCGCAGAGGUUAUUCAUUAACUCAGAACAAAUUACAGCCAGCGGCCUAUCUACGCCAGCAAAUUAACAGACUUCAUGAUAGUAUUGUCAUGGAAACGGCCAUUCAACCCCAGCUGUCAGCAAGCUGGUGUUAGCUGCUGUGCUAGCACAAAUGCACACAGUUUGACUCGUCUGUGCUGUUACGAUCCCAAAUCAGAAAACCCGCGCUGACCUUUGACCUCUGUCUCACUGCAGACAGCAUGAAACCAGAAUACUUCAUCUUUUGUCAUUUGUUCUACAUCCACUCUUGCAGGUGUUUUCACACAUUCCA